AUGAAAGAUACGGCAUUUGAUGUAAAUGCUAAAGAUGAAAGUGGCAGUACGCCACUUCACCUGGCUGUUGCGCGAGGCAAAUCACAGACUGUAUCCAGUUUGAUCAGCAGCGGCGCGGAGGUUAAUGUGAAGGAUAAUACAGGUAUGGAUUUCAAUGUGGUAGAUGACAAUAAUUGUAGUGUUCUACACCACAGUUGUAAACAUGGUUCUAUUGACACGGUCCGUUAUUUGGUGAAUGAAAUAGGGUUAAACAUAAAUCAAAAAGACAAGAAAGGAACUAAAGCUAAUAUUGAUACCUAA